GCAAGUUUAUUAUUUGAUCUGCAACUUUAAAUUGUCCUUUUUAAGGUGAGACUCUUUUCUGUGUGGAUGAUUUCUUGCGAGUGGAGUUUGCUCCAUGUGAACAGUUCCUUUCUGGUUCACACAUUUGUAUUGUGUGUAUUAUGAACAUGUUUUUUUUUUCCCCCGGUGUUUCAUGGUCGUGACAUCAAAGUUGAACAAUUGGAUAUAACGAAGGUCAGUAAAACAAUUUAGUCACACAAGUCUCCCGAGAACACAAUGAAUAAAGGGUUAGUUCUGACAUUACUCAUUCUCAUAUUGUUCUCUGUGACCUUCGUUCAUCUUUGGAACACAAAUUAAGAUAUUUUUGAUAAACUCCGUAAGCAAUCUGGUCUCCGAUAGAUUGCAACACAAUGACCACUUUCAAGGGCCAGAAAGGUAGAAGAGACAUCUUUAAUAGUCCAUGUGACUACAGUGGUUCAACCUUAAUUUUAUGAAGCGACGAGAAUACUUUUUCGUGCCCAAAAAACAAAGAAAAUAAACUACUUUAUUCAACAAUUUCUUCUCUUCCAUGUCAGUCACUUACGCAAGUUGACGCAGUGCAGCGCUUCCAGGUUCUAUGCCAGAAUGCCGACUCAGUAUUGGCCGAGGCUGUUCACUUGAGCACCACGACACGUGUGUGUGUGAUGCUGACGCAUGAGCCGGCCAAUAAUGAGCCGGUGUUCUGACAUAGAACCUGGAAGUGCUGCACUGUCUAAACAGCGUAGGAGACGGACAGGGUAGAGUGUGGUUUUUUUUUUUCUUUUUUUUUUUUUUUUCAAACCUCAUUCUGCUAUAGCAUCUUAAUGGUUCUGUUCAUUUGUACAAUCUACCUUAUUUGCCCAUCAAAUUUUUCAGUUAUCCUUAGAACAGUUUCAGAUCAAGUUUUACAUAUGAAUUACUCUUGCUUCCUUAAUUCAGUGCAUUUUUUUUAUGUUUGAAAGUCCAAGCUCAGCACAACUGCAGUUUUUUUUUGUUCACUCAGCUAAAUGAUUUGUCUUUCAUUAGAAGUACCAUUUUAAAUUGUAAAAAGGAAAAUUGCCUACAGCCUUCAGAAAGAAUUAACAAGUUAACGAGUUGCACAAGUAAAAAAGACCAAAUAGCAAGAUAAUGCAUAGGACAGUGGAUAUUUAAAGGAAUCAAAAUGACAGCGUAGCUCCAUGGAGGGAAGGGAGGGGGGGUAAAUUAAAAAAUUACCAGUAAAUUACAUGUUGGCAAAUCAACAAAAUGCAGGAUGUAAAGUAGACAUGACAUAACUGUCAUUAUACCUGUCCUGAAGAAAAAUUACAUGCAAAAAAAAAGGAUUGUUUUCCUAUGUGUCUGAGUAACAGAAUACGUCAAAUGUUCCCAGACGUUAUUACCUAAAUAUCAGUUCUUAGAAUGUGGAAGUGAAUUUCAUUUUAAAGAACAUGACUACAUGAAUCCAUUAAUAUAUAAGAGGUGUUAUUUUGAAUUUCAACUAUAAGAAGCAAGUGACCUGUUAAAUUUGCUCCCAUUUUAUUGUCUCAGAAAAUGGAUCGUUCUGAAGGAUACAUUCAAAUGGAGAUGGAAUGUGAACCGAAGAAAUCUUUUCGGAGAGGUCGUCUAUUUGGCAUCCUUGUGCUUCUAGGAACAGUCUGCAUUAUUAUUUUCAUGAUCCUGACUUCUGUCAUCUAUUCAAAUCAAGAAAGAAAAUUCUCAGUGAUGGAGAGUUGGAUGAACAGCCAUACUUCUGAUCUAAACUCGGUCAAAUCUGAUUUUCAGAUCACAGGUAGUGACUUGGAAAAGAAGGUUUCUGAGUUUCAGAAUUUGGUGUCCAAUCUGAGUUCAUAUUUGAACAUGUCUGGAACAAGUAACACAAUGGCCAAUGAAGUGCAUAAAAAGAAGUUGUCUAAUAUUGAGACCUUGAUGGCCGAUCUUGGCUCAUCACUGAGUUCACUCGCAUCCAAACAAGAGGAAAACCAACAAAAGUUGGAGAAUAAACAGGAUCUGUCACACACUGAAAUGAAGAGUUUGUUGGACAAUUUAAGUUUUGCAGUAUCAGCUCUUAGGUCUAAACUAGCAGAACAAAGUACGAGUUCAGCUUUUGCUUUUCUACAUUCACAACAUGCCUUGGAUGAAAUGUCAAGCUCACUGAAGAAACAGAAGGGUUCAGUGGAGGAACUGAAAUCAUUAGUUCAAACUUUGUCUUAUAAACUAUCAUUAACCAGUGUACUUGCAUCAGGCUGUAUUGAAUCUGAUUGGAUCCCAUUCAGAAACAGCUGUUACCUGUUCUCUAGUGAUUCAAUGAACUGGACCCAAGCAAAAGAUUACUGCGAAGAGCAGGGUGCGUUACUCUUAAAACUAGAAGACAGCUCUAAGAAGGAGUGGGAAUUUAUUACUGUUUUGGCCAAACCAUUUCCAUACUGGAUUGGUCUAACAGAUCAGACCACAGGCCAGUGGAGAUGGGCGGAUGACACUCCUUGCACCGUGGACAAAGUACACUGGGGUCCUGGGCAGCCGGAUGAGUGGCAAGGACAUAAGCAAGGGGGAGGAGAGGACUGUGCUCAUAUAACAAUCAAUGGGAAUAUUAAUGACAACCACUGCGCUGUCAAAAUGAGAUUUAUAUGUAAAGGAUCUAAGAAUUCUUAAUAGCAACCUUUUUGUAUGAUGCUUCAAGAAAGUGACCAUACAUUUGUGUUUUAUUUUUUCUUUAUUCAUUUAAUCAUAAUCAUUAUUCAUUUAAUAAUUCCAUUUAUUCAUAUAAUAAUUUCAUUUUACUGCCUUUGCAACUUGAUCUUUGACGCUUCAAAAAGUUCAUAAAGAGAUCGUAAAACUAAUCCAUAUGAAUCGAGUGGUUUAGUACAAAUUUUCUGAAGAGACUCUUCACUUAAUAUGAUGAACAGAUUGAAUUUAGGCUUUUACUCACAUAUAAACCUUGAUCAGCAAACAUAAACAGAUGCUCAACCGAACUGAAUGACACACAAGAACAAACCUCUUCCGGAAGCUCAAACGUGCUGCGUAACCAGUGAGGUUCAUUCUCGUGUGUUACGCAGCACGUUUGACGAAUCUGACUUGACUAUGAUGGACAUGCGCAGUCGCUUCUGUAGCAUCAACCUUGAGCUCAUUUCUCUAUGGAUAAAUAUGGAAGCCCAUUUCUGCCACAUAAGAAAAAAAUGCUUUGGUAAAUCACGACGUGAGUCGAAAUUAUUACAUAAAAAGUCAAAAUUGACAUAAGACAUUAGAAGUUCAUUGUUUAAUCUCAUAAUUAUGACAUAGUAUGUCAUAAUUAUGAUUUAUGACAAUUUCGACUUCAUCUAAUAAUUUUGACUUUUUAUCUAAUAAUUUCGAUGUGUAUUGAAUAAUUUUAAUGUGAAUUAUGCCAUACUCAGUCAUAAUUAUGAUUUAGUGGCCUGGUUUCACUGACAGGGCUUCGAUUAAGCCAGGAUUAUGCUUUAGUUCAAUUAGGACAUUUAAGUAGCUUUUAUAAAUGUGUCCUAGAAAAAAAUCAUUACUGGUGUGAAUCUUGCGACAAAACUGACAUUUUAAGAUGUCAGUGCAGGUUGCUUUCAGUUAAAAUGGCUCAAACAUGCAUUUUAGUCUGAGACUAGGCUUAAGUCAAGUUUGUCAUAAUUAUGGCUCAGUGUGUCAUAAUUUUGAGGUUUUUAAUCUUAUAAAUGACUUAUACGUAUGACUUUUUUGUGUCAAUUAAUUCGAUUAUGACUUAAAGGGAUAGUUCACCCAAAAACAAAACUUCUGUCAUCAUUUAUUCACCCUCAGGUUGUUCCAAACCUGUAUAAAUUCAUUUGUUCUGUUGAACACAAAGGAAGAUAUUUUGAAGAAUGUGGCACCGUUGACUUCCAUAGUAUAUUUUUUUCAAGACAAGCUGUUAUCAAAAUUAACGCUAGAGAUGUAUUUGUUAGCCACCAUUUCAGCCCCGUGUGUAAUGCAGCUCACAGUCACCGACCGUGUGUGGGUUGAUGUAAAACUCUGGACAAGUUUUCAUGUGCGCGUCCGUUUUUAACGCGUCUUGACUGUUGUACAGUCUGACAUAAAUGACAGCUGAGAUCCCACAGUGUGACACGAGGAUCAUGAACGUACAGUCUGACAAGCAACAAUCGUAAAGGACUAUUAUAAAUCACACAGUGUGCACCCGGCUUUAGUAUGUCAAUUUCUACUUUUUAAUCUCAUAAAUGACUGUCAUAAUUAUGUUAUAAUUAUAAUAUAAAUGUUAUAAUUUCUAUUUUUUUAAUCUUAGUAUGUCAUAAUUAUGAUGUUUUAUGUCAUAUUUAAGAUUUACCAAAGCAUUUUUUUUCUUAUGUGGUGGAAAUUAGCUUCCAUAGAUAAAAGCACUCACUUUAAAAUAAAUAAACCCCUUUAAUCAACCAGAGGCCUUUCUGCACCAAAAUGUUCAUUUUGACCAUGCUAAUUCUGUGUAACUGGUAAAAGGUGAAGGUUCAAACAAGAGGCAGACAAACCACUGUGAAAACGGAUGAUGUUGAAAACACUGAGCAAACAGUUUUAAUCAGCCAUUUAGCUGAUGCGUUUAUCCAGAAUAACUUACAGUACACUAGUAACAGAUCACCCACUUAUUCUUUGGAAUGAGGAACUGAAAGUGUUGUUAUUUUCAAAACGAUAAAAUGGAAAUUACAUAUCUUUAUGACAUGAAAGAUUCGUAAACAUUUUGCGAACAGAAAUGUUAUUUCAUAUUAAGUAGAUGAGUAAACUGCUUUCAAUAAAUGCGACUAAAAACAUCAUUAAAUUAUUAAAGCCACGAUUUUAAUAUUAAUACAUGGGAAUUCAUAUACAUUCACACUUAACGUUACAUGAUUUACGUUUUUUUUUGCUGUUAAUACGUAAGUAUUUUUACGUUUUAGCGCUAUAAAUACGUCAAUGUUGUACGUUUUUGUGUGUAUGAAAACGUAAGUAAAUGUACGUGUGGUAGAUCCACAAUUUACGUAAAAAUACACACGUUUUCUCAUGAGUUGGCAUAGGCUAUUGUAAAUAAAUAAACUUUAUUUUACAAAAUGGAGAAUUUCCUGAACUUCCAUUCAGAAUUCAUUUGAGAAUUUCCAUUAUUUUUAUCUUUUAAAGUCCAUUUUGGGCAAAAAGCUUAGUAUAAUAAAAUCACCAAAACAAGUCUUCAUGUUAAGAAUGAAUAGUACACAAACAAAAAAGUUUUUAAAAAAAAUAAAGCAUUCAUUAGGCUAAUUAUUUUAUGAUAAACAUACUGUCUUAAGUGCACUCAUUUAUAGUCAUAAAUUAAUAUAAUUGAUAAAUAAAUACAUUUAAAAAAUAAAUACAAUAAAUAAUAAUAAUUUUUGUUAUUAAUAUUAUUAUUAGCCUAUUGUUGCAUUUAGGCUACAUGCAUUUAGAAGAAGAAAAGAGGAACAAAGAAAUUAAAAGUCAGUUAUAAUACACAAUGCCAGGUUUAUUAGGCAAUAAUAAUAAAGUGCUAAGAUUAUCACAAAUAAACAAGAUUUUGACGCACAUAGGCCUAAUUCUUAUUAAAUCGUUGUAUUCCGCUACCCGUUGAUAGAGAAUCACUGCAGUCAAUAUAAUUUGAUGAAUAAUACACACAAAACAAUAAAAUUUGUUAACAUCUACCUGGCCCAGGUGAAAAAAUACUAUAGUAAUUUAUAGUAAAUACUAUAGUGUUUUUGAACCAUACUAUAGUAAAGUAGGGUAGACCAGGUACAGUUGGUACAGGGGUACAGUUGAAACACCUUAAAUAACUUGCGUACGCAACAAGUCUGAUCUGUGAAAUUUGCUUCGCACAUGCGUAUUAGCGCCCUCUUCGAUCGUGGGAAAUUUGAAGUACAUGCGCUUCUCCAGUCUGAAGAUAUCGGCGAAAGUUUUUUUUCUAAGGUAAUUUUUUCACUUCACCACGUCCCUUCCACAUUGAAUAGCUUCUCAUCCUUACAUGAAUGUUAAAGUUAACUUACAUUUUCGUAAACCUAUGUGCUCUAAAAACUGACAUAUUGCAUGACUUUGUGUCAUGCAAGGUCAUUGUAAAAUCUAGAGAAAUGUUCGUGGUGGUCAGCGGGGUACAGUUGAGACACAAUGUACCCGCACCAUAGAAUCCUAUUGCGGCACAUGCAGUCCAGUUGCACAAUGUAAGAUCACAAAUUCAUAGAUUUCAUCUGUUUUAUUAUUGCUGUUUGCAAUUGUUCAAUGUUUUUUUACUGUUACUCAACUUUUCAACUGUUAAUAUUAAAAUUAUGAACUGAAAUUAAAUAUUGUAUCGCUGUUUGCCAUUACUGUACAAUGUUUUACAAAUGAACUACUUUUAACUAAACAAAUAAUCAAAUAAAAUACUGAAUG